AUGUCUGCCGCUGAGCUCACGAUGAAUCCUGCCCCUCAUGCCGCAGACGGCGCCAAUGGCGCUUCCCAACCCAAAGUCAGCCCACUUCCGACUGCAGAGCUGUCAGGCUCCGCGACCCCCACCACCGGAUUUCACAGAAUUCACAACAAGCAGCUAGACGGGGUCAUGCGCACUCCCGGCCGCCAGCCGUCUCCGCAACCUGUUCACUUGGGAAUUCCUGGAGGAACGCACCGGGUGCUGUCUGAGCAAGGCCCUGGAUAUGUGGCUGCCAAAUUCGAAGGCAAGGCCAAACAGAUGGAGCAAGUGAUGGACCAGUUGGAGGAAAGCGGUUUCAUCCCAGCGGAAUUCAUCUCCACGGAAACGGAUUGGUUCUACAAGAUGCUCGGGAUCGACGAUAUGUACUUCCAGACCGAGACCGUUGAGGCAAUCGCCAGCCAUAUCCUCUCCCUCUAUGCCGCCAAGGUGGCCGCCUACGCGAGAGACGAUAAGAGGCUGGAAAUCAGACUGGAUAAAGAGGCCGCCGAUCAUGCGGUCUACAUCGAUACCAGCAGGCCUGGUGUCAGCGCCGUCGACGGCCCCCGAUAUGAACAGCGUAUCGAUGAGAAGUACAUCGACGGUUCGACUCCAAGCAAUAGCUACCGUGUGGAAACCUUCCGCUCCUCCACUUCCAUGCCCGAUGAAAACCAGAAUCAGCUCCGCUGCUACUUUGUCUACAAGUGCCAGUUCAAUAACCCCACCCCAGAUCCCGGCGAGACAAACAUUGAAGUCAUCGGCGAGAACCGCUUCUUGCAAAAGGCUACUGCGAACACAAAAGCCAUCUAUCAAGAAAUCAUCAUCAAGGCAGUGGCCCGGUCUGGUCCUGUCAUUGAGAUGUUCGAGAUUGAAGGAACCCGUGAGAGGAGAAUCGUCAUCGCGUACCGCCAGGGAUCCGCCAUGGGCAUGUUCAGCGCCUUGUCCGACCUGUACCACUACUAUCGCCUGACCAGCUCCCGCAAAUAUCUCGAAAACUUCUCCAACGGCAUCACUGUCCUUUCUCUGUACCUCCGCCCCAUGCCCGGUGUCGAAGCGUCCGGAAGACAUCCCCCCAUCGAGGCCUCUAUUCACCAAAUCAUGAAAGAAGUCUCCCUGCUCUAUUGCAUUCCUCAAAAUAAAUUCCAGAGCCACUUUGCUAGCGGUCGCCUCAGUUUGCAAGAAACCAUCUACGCCCACUGCGUCUGGGUCUUCGUCCAACAAUUCCUUAACCGUCUUGGUUCCGAAUACACUUCCUUGACCGCCCUCCUCGAUUCCAACAACACCGUCCACGCCGAACUUCUCUCAAAGAUCAAGAAGAGACUCCGUACUGAAACUUUUACCUCCGAUUACAUCCUCGAAAUCAUCAACAAGUACCCCGACCUAAUCCACAGACUCUACCUUGACUUUGCAAGCACCCACUAUGUUCAAACCAGGGCUGCUGAGGAUGAUUUCCUCCCAACUCUGAGUUAUCUUCGCCUGCAGGUUGACGAGGUGCUCGAUAGCAAACAACUGAAGGAUCUUGUCUCCAAGACCGUGGUUAGUGAGCAUGACGAGAUGGUGAUGAAGUCAUUCCUCGUCUUCAACCGCGCCGUUCUCAAGACCAACUUCUAUACCCCGACCAAGGUCGCUCUGAGCUUCCGUCUGAAUCCUGAUUUCCUGCCAUCCCACGAAUACCCACAACCCUUAUACGGCAUGUUCCUCAUCAUUAGCUCCGAGUUCCGUGGAUUCCAUCUUCGAUUCCGUGAUAUCUCUCGUGGUGGUAUUCGUAUUGUCAAGAGUCGAGACAAGGAAGCCUACUCGAUCAACGCUCGUUCGAUAUUCGACGAAAACUACAACUUGGCCAACACCCAGCAACGAAAGAACAAGGAUAUCCCAGAAGGAGGCGCCAAGGGUGUUAUCUUGCUUGACGUGAACCAUCAAGAUAAGGCUCGUGUCGCCUUUGAGAAAUACAUUGACAGCAUCCUCGAUCUCCUCCUUCCCCCAGCUAGCCCUGGUAUCAAGGAUCCUAUUGUUGAUCUCCAUGGCCAAGAUGAGAUUCUCUUCAUGGGACCUGAUGAGAACACCGCAGAAUUGGUCGACUGGGCUACUCUCCACGCUAGACAGCGUGGCGCUCCCUGGUGGAAGUCGUUCUUCACCGGUAAAAACCCUAAGCUUGGUGGUAUUCCACAUGACACUUAUGGCAUGACGACCCUAUCGAUUCGCCAAUACGUUGAGGGUAUCUAUCGUAAGAUGGGUGUCGAUGAAACCCAAAUCCGCAAGUUGCAGACUGGUGGUCCUGAUGGUGAUCUUGGAUCGAACGAGAUUUUCCUUGGUCGGGAGAAAUAUACCGCCAUUGUUGAUGGCUCUGGUGUUAUUGUUGAUCCCCAAGGCCUCAACCGUGAUGAACUCCUUAGACUUGCGAAAUCACGUCUCAUGAUUUCAAAUUUCGACUCGUCGAAGCUCUCUCCUGAGGGAUACCGAGUCCUGGUUGAUGAUGCCAAUGUCAAACUUCCUUCCGGCGAGGUUGUCCACAACGGCACUGUCUUCCGAAAUACCUUCCACCUUAGACACGGUAACUACGACAUGUUCGUACCUUGCGGAGGUCGUCCCGAGUCCAUCAACUUGGCAAACGUGUCAAAACUCAUUGUCGAUGGGAAGUCCACCAUCCCAUUCCUGGUUGAAGGUGCCAAUCUUUUCCUUACCCAAGACUGCAAACUUCGCUUGGAAAAGGCUGGAUGUGUUCUUUUCAAGGACGCCUCUGUCAACAAAGGCGGCGUGACCUCAUCUUCGCUUGAGGUUCUAGCUUCCCUAUCCUUUGAUGAUGAGAGCUUCGAACAGCAUAUGUGCAUUGGAGAGAAUGGCCAAGCUCCAGAAUUCUACAACGCAUAUGUCCGUGAGGUCCAGGAGACCAUCAAACGCAACGCGACCUUGGAAUUUGAAGCCAUUUGGAGAGAACACGAGCAGACUGGAAUUCCACGUAGCAUUCUCAGUGACACUCUCAGUGUCGCAAUUACCAAGUUGGACGAAGAGCUCCAGAAGUCGGAACUCUGGGAAAAUUUGCGCUUGCGCAAAGCCGUUUUGGGUGACGCACUCCCCAAAUUGCUCCAGGAGAAGAUUGGUUUGGAAGUUAUGCUCGAGCGGGUUCCUGAUAACUACCUCCGUUCCAUCUUUGGCAGCUAUCUUGCCAGUCGUUUCGUCUAUCAAUACGGCAGCACACCAGGCCAAUUCGCAUUUUUUGAUUUCAUGUCAAAGCGAAUGCCAAAAGAAUAG